UCUCGACAACCCGCAUUCCUCACUCAAUCGCCGCAUUAUUUCUCACCGUCUCCACAGUUUCUCCUCCUCCAAGUCCCCCCACUGUCACCUCCGCUUCUCUCUGGUCCUGCCCACCAACACUAUCUCUUGCUCCCCCGCCCCGACUUUCGCUUGCAGUCCUUUGUUUCCAGCUCUUGAGCCCCAGCUGUGAAUUGCAUUAAGUGUGUUGGUUUCAGGACUGGAGCUGCUGCGUGCUUUGUCUGGGUCCAGGUGUCUCGUGUAGCACGUCGAUCGUGUAGUGGGGGAGUUGUGGGAUUCAAUACCUUGGUCGCGGUUGAUGUUGGAAUCGUUCUUAAGGGGACUGUGUUCAACGUUGGAGUUGUGAGUGGGGGAAGAAUUGUGUGUUACGUGUGGGUGUAGUUUGUUUCGUUGCGUAGAUUGACUGCGUUGUUGACGGUUGCUGAAUUCAAGGCAGGAUAAGGUGUGUACAUUGUGCUCACCCAGGUCGUGAAGAAGAAGAAGAAGAAGAAGAAGAAGCAGAAGUAGUGGCAGAGGGAGAAGAAGAAGAAGGUUUGCUUCAGAUUUGUUAUGGGAGACAGAUUGCAGGUGUGACGUGUCGCGAGGAGGUUUGAAUUCCGAGACUGCGUAAUUUUGCUGCUGAGGUUGCAUCUCUGAGUGCAAGUGCAAUCGUGAAUGGCUUACUGCUUGUGAGCAAUCUUUCAUUUUGUGUUUGGGAGGACGUGAGUGACACGGCCUGGGAAUGCUGCUGGGCGGAUUGUUCUCCCCCUCGCUUUCAAUUCGAUGGUCCAAGUAGUCCUGGCAGGGAAUUGAUUGAACUCGUCCACUGCUCUGGUACUCGGCUCUAUUCACUGAACGCUCGCGAGAGGUGUGGUGAUUUUAGAUACGGACUUUGAUACCUACAGCGAACGUCACGAUGCCUGGAUUACUGGACGUCAACCUUUCAAGUCUUUCUCUGACCAGUGAUACACAUCAGAAGCAAGUAUGGAUGGAUCCGGAGCUCUGGGGCGCUCUACCAGAGCCCCUCGUGGAGAUCAUUCUUUCGCACAUACCCUUGCCUUAUCUCCUUCCAAUGCGAGCAGUCUGCAAGAAGUGGUACUUCCUGCUGCACACGAGCUCCUUCCUGUCGUUGCAAAGACAGCGUACCGUGCAGUGCACCUCAUACGUUCUUACGGUAAAUGAGCCUGCAUUCUCGGCCUUCUCCUUUUUCCAGCAAGGCCCAGAGCUGUAUUACCUCCGCAAUAGCUCCCUUUACUGCCCCAUCUCCAAGAAUUGGUUCAACAUGUCGCUAGAUUGCAUCCCGUUUCGUGAUUUCUACAUCACAUCCGUCGGUGGGGGAUUGCUGUGCUUCAUAGCCUACAAAAACAAUACAUCCUCCACCAAUCGGGAGGUAGUGGUGGGAGUUUGCAAUCCCGCUACUCGCUCUUGGAGGCUGCUUCCCUGCUGGGAAGAAACUAAGGCGUAUACUUUGCCGCAAUUUGUAGCUAUGGUUGUGGACAAUUUCAACAGAAGCUACAAAGUUGUUCUCGUUGAUCACGAUAGAAGAGUUACGCGCUUGUACAACUCGCAGUCUAUGGCGUGGACGGAAUUCGAUGAUGUGCCAGCCCGCCAUAAUUUCCCAUACUACGACAGAUGCCCCAGCCAGGCGGUGGUGAAAGGCAGCAAGCUGGUGUGCACCACGCAGUGCAAGACGGGGAUCUCCACUUUCGACAUGAACACCGGCCUGUGGGAAUCGUAUCACGUCUUCCUGCCCGGUAUGCACAGUAGCGUGCACCUUGUGCAGCACCAUGGCCGCAUUCUCAUGAUCAGCAGAGUGAUGAAGGCCAAGUACGAGGGAUCUGACCGAGUUCAGAUAUCCGAACUCGACCCCAAGGGACUGCGAGUCACGAUAUCUCUGGACGACGUCCCGCUCGGUCCUUCUAAGCAAUUCCUCGACCACUUCAAGGUCUGCACAUACAGCAGCUAUGAUGAAUCCGAGGGUUUGUGUUUCAUCUCUACCACGACGGGCGAGCGGUGGUUGUAUGACAUAGAAGAACAGUUCUGGCACAUUUUGCCGAGCAGCCCGGGAAGCAAGACGAAAAGCAUGGCGGCUUACGGAGGCUUUUCGGUCCAUUUAAGAGUAGAUAUCCAGCCUUAGCUAGUGAUGAUUCGGGGGCGUUUGGUAAAGCAGACAGAUCGUAGCAUAAUCUACUUGUACAAAAUUCACAAUAGGUGUGGCCCGGGGUGCAAGAAUUUUAGGGUUUGCAUCUUCCGAGAUCGAACUGGCCGCAUACACGCUAGGUUCCAAUGGUGUCGUCGAUGUUUCGAUCGAUUGAUGUGAUUUGCUUCAUUAGUAGAAAAGGUGGCUAGCAAUCCUUCCAGCCACCUUCUCUUCUGGUGGUGCCGCUUCUUUGACUAGAGUAGGCUACCUGUACAAAUUGUGAAGUCUUUCUUUAUCACAAGAUUUCUUCUCUCUAUAUAUAUGAACACAAAUUCAAUCAAA